ACACACACACACACACACACACACACACACACACACACACAGACACGCACGAAGCAGCCUAUUUGCUGGAGGGGUGUGCAUGUGCGUGCGAGGGAGUGGAAAGGGGUGGCUGGGAUGGAGGAAGGGAAGCCAGGGGAAAGUCUGACACUCGGCGCAGAAGGAGCGAGACCCUCCGCCGCCGCUGCUGCUGCUGCUGCUGUCGGGGAGGAGCCCGCCUCCUUCGCAACGCCUCCAAAAACCCGGUCACCGGCCCCGGCUCCUCACCGGCCUCACCCCACACCUCGCCUCCGCUCCGGCUGCCCGGCAGAUAAAAUUUGUACUGUUUGAAAAGUGGGGAGAUAACUUCACCAUAGUGCAAAAGAAGAGACAGAAGAAGAGAGCAGAAUGAGAGCUUCCCAAGUCCCACAUGCCUGCAGCCUGUUAUCUUUUGUGAUGCUGUUCCUUCCAGUCACUGGAACGUCAAAACAAAAUAUCCCAAGACUUAAGCUUUCCUAUAAAGACUUGCUGCUUUCAAACAGCUGCAUCCCAUUCCUGGGCUCAACAGAGGGGCUUGAUUUUCGAACCCUGCUGCUAGAUGAGGAGAGGGGCCGGCUGCUAAUCGGGGCUAAAGACCACAUCUUCCUGCUCAACUUGGUUGAUUUAAACAAAAAUGUAAAAAAGAUUUACUGGACUGCAGCAAAAGAAAAGGUAGAAUUAUGCAAAUUAGCUGGGAAAGAUGCCCAUACAGAAUGUGCCAAUUUUAUCAGGGUUCUUCAGCCCUACAACAGAACCCAUGUUUAUGUCUGUGGCACAGGAGCCUUUCACCCUCUCUGCGGAUACAUUGAACUCGGAACUCACAAAGAGGAAAUGGUAUUCCGGCUGGAUACUCAGAACUUGGAGUCUGGCAGGUUGAAAUGCCCUUUUGAUCCUCAGCAGCCAUUUGCUUCAGUGAUGGCAGACGAAUAUCUUUAUGCUGGAACAGCUUCUGAUUUCCUUGGCAAAGACACCGCACUAACACGUUCUCUGGGCCCUUCUCACGACCACCAUUACAUCAGAACUGACAUUUCUGAACAUUACUGGCUUACUGGAGCGAAAUUCAUUGGAGCUUUUCCCAUCCCAGACACCUAUAACCCAGAUGAUGACAAAAUUUACUUCUUUUUCCGAGAAAUAUCACAAGAUAGUGCCACAUCUGACAAGACAAUCCUUUCCCGAGUUGGGAGAGUUUGUAAGAAUGAUAUGGGAGGUCAAAGAAGCCUAAUAAACAAGUGGACUACUUUUCUGAAAGCCAGGCUUGUGUGCUCAAUACCUGGUCCUGAAGGAGCAGACACACAUUUUGAUGAGCUGCAAGAUAUAUUCUUGCUUUCUACAAGAGAUGACAGAAACCCACUUGUAUAUGGAGUCUUCACUACAACAAGCUCUGUCUUUAAAGGCUCUGCAGUUUGUGUGUACAGCAUGGCAGAUAUCAGAGCUGUUUUCAAUGGCCCUUAUGCUCACAAAGAGAGUGUGGAUCAUCGGUGGGUACAAUAUGAAGGUCGCAUCCCGUAUCCCAGGCCUGGUACAUGCCCAAGCAAAACCUAUGAUCCACUCAUAAAGUCUACCAGAGACUUUCCUGAUGAAGUAAUCAGCUUUAUCAAACGCCAUCCACUGAUGUACAAACCCGUGUACCCAGUGACGGGAAGACCGGUGUUCACUCAAAUCAAUGUGGACUAUCGUCUGACUCAGAUUGUAGUGGAUCAUGUCAUAGCAGAGGAUGGACAAUAUGAUGUUAUUUUCCUGGGAACAGACAUAGGCACAGUCCUGAAAGUUGUAAGCAUCACAAAGGAGAAGUGGACCAAGGAAGAAGUAGUCCUGGAAGAGCUGCAGAUAUUCAAGCACCCUUCUUCUAUCUCAACCAUGGAGAUUUCUCAGAAGCAGCAACAAUUGUACAUUGGUUCCAGGGAUGGAUUGGUUCAGCUCUCUCUGCACAGAUGUCACACGUAUGGGAAGGCUUGUGCAGACUGCUGCCUUGCCAGAGACCCCUACUGUGCCUGGGAUGGAAACUCAUGUUCCAGAUAUGCUCCCACUUCUAAAAGGCGAGCCAGAAGGCAAGAUAUCAAAUAUGGAGACCCCGUUGCACAGUGCUGGGAUGUGGAAGACAGCAUUAGUCAUGAAACUGCUGAUGAAAAGGUGAUUUUUGGCAUUGAAUUUAAUUCAACUUUUCUGGAAUGUAUUCCUAAGUCCCAGCAAGCUUCUAUUAGGUGGUAUAUUCAGCGCUCUGGAGAAGAACAUCGAGAAGAGCUAAAGGCUGAUGAAAGAAUCAUCAAAACAGAGCACGGCCUGCUGAUCCGCAGCUUGCAAAAAAGGGAUGCAGGAGCCUACUUUUGCAAAGCCCAGGAGCACAAUUUCGUCCACACCAUCGUGAAGCUGAAUUUAAAUGUAAUUGAGAAUGGGCAAAUGGAAAGCACUCAAAAAACUGAGGAUGAGGAGGGCCGGGUGAGGGAUUUGCUGACAGAGUCCCGGCUGAGGUACAAGGACUACAUCCAGCUCGUCAGCAGCCCCAGCUUUAGCCUGGAUGAGUACUGUGAACAGAUGUGGCACCGGGAGAAACGGCGGCAGCGGAACAAAGGUGGUGCCAAAUGGAAGCAUGUGCAGGAGAUGAAGAAAAAGCGAAACCGAAGACACCAUGAGCCAGCCAGACCUCUGUCUACGUAGUUUGUAAAUGCUAUUUAAAGAAAGGACAUUUACCAUGAGAAAAAUACUGUGUUCUGUUUUUGUGCAUCCUGCCUAUGAAUCAGUACUGCUUCUUAUUGACAUCAGAUAACUCACCAUCACUAUUAAUUUGUAGGAGACUGUAAAGUGGGAUUCGAUACUAAGUGAGAAAUUCCUUACUGGAGUACCACACACACACCAGACAAUAAUUAAAAAUGCAUUCAUUAAAAAGAAGCAAAGUACACUUCUAGCUAAUUCCUGGGUAGCCUGAGGCUACGUGACGUGUGUUCUGUACUUCCUGCAUAAUUUUCACGUAGGAUUUAGUGUCCAUGUUCCCAUGUUAAUAUUUGCAGCCACAUUCUACCCUAGAGAUGGCUGCAUUUCAGGGGAAGGCAGAUGUAUUUCUAGUUCUUUGGCAUCUUUCUGAAUAAGCAGCAUGGUAGAAAUGUGUGACAGAUAUGCAAAAAUACCUGCUAAUUUUCCCAUUGAGCUUGUAUACAGGCACAUGGGUGGGGUUUGCUUUCACAGAGAGGCUCAGCAGAAAAUCAAAUUAUGUGUUGGCUUACAGACAAUAUUCAUUCUUCCCAUUAGAACAAAAUUAAAAAAAAAAAAAAAAAGAAAGCAUAAUCAUAGUUUUAGAGAGGAGAAUUAUCAGGUAUUACUCAUUAGAGUUUGAGUAGCCAUCAGUUUGCAGUCCAUCUGCUGAAAUGAAAUGGUGACUCUAAUUGAAACUGCCACGGAGAUAUUUUGGGAGUAAAUUUCCUAAGUGGUCUGUAGGAGAUACAUGCACAAAUCCUAUUAACAAAUAAUGGGAUUCCUGCCUGCACCUCUUCUGUCUCUCUAAAGGUUUGACUCUGACUGUUUCUCUGUCCCUUUUCUGGCUUUGUUUUAUGCAGAGGAAAAUGAAAAUAAAAGAAAACAGAGGAAAAUAAAAAUAAAA